UAAACUAAAGCAAAUACAGAGAGUAGGCCUGUUAUACCGAGUGAUAUAUAGGCUACUGCUCUGCUUUCUGCACAGACCUCAUAGCUGUUCUCUCUGUAAACAUCAAACAUCAACAACCUCGUCCGCUUUUCUUUUAACUGUCGGGUUUGUUAAAAACUUAUUUUGUGAUUUUUCGAGCAACCAGUGUUUGUUUACAACUUCUUCCCACGCUGCAGUACCUCUGCUCCCCCCACAGGGGGGGCGCGCCCCACAGUUUGAAAACCUCUGGACGCACCAUACACAUUUACUUUACACACGUCACUUACACUUUCGUAAUAUCAUGUAUCGCUACGUCAUCUUGUUGUUCAGCCCUCCCCGUGUCUCUCUACUUUUCGUUUCCCUUUUCCAGAAGUUUCCGCCCUCACGUAGCCUAUAUAGCCUAUCUCAAUUUGCGGAAGUCGACCUUAAUUCAACCAGCGCCGCCACACUACAUACUUUCCGCCGACAACAUGAACUUCAAAAUGACUAACAUCACAUGUGGGCUUCUUGCAGUCGCAUUCUCAGCUCUUGCAGUGAUGCUUGCAGCUGCAGCAGAUGCUCCACCAGAGCUAACCUGCAACGUCACCAAAACACCAGAUGGGUACCUUCACCAACUGUCCCGCUCCUCCGAUUGUGAUACCUGCUGGGAGGACAAAGAUGGAGGAGUCCUCGCCCGGAAACAGGACUACGAUAAAAAUAAAGUCCAGAGCCUGACGAACCAGUCCCUCACCUCGAAACUAUGCCACGACAACAUUAACUAUGCAAGCACCUGUAGUUCAAAUACGAAUUCAACAGACUCCAGACAACAGACUGGUGACAACAGACUGACCUACGAGAGAGCCCACUGCACAUACACCUGCAGCAGCCCUAUCUCAGAUCCUCAGGCCUCUCAACCAAUCCCAGUGAACCCUGUGGCGAAGCAGAAUCUGACCUGGCAAAUUCUGCUUGGUGUUGUUGUUGUUGUUGUUGUCGGUGUCGGUGUCGGUGUCCUCACGGCUGGGAUCUUGUACAUCAGAAAGAAAAAAGCUUGUCGACCUGUGGUGAAUUCUAUUGAGGAACAGGAGGUCAUGGUGGAGAUUCCGGACGUCAACUAAAACAUAAAAACAGACCUCUAGUUUCAAUUUGACCACUGUUUUUCAUACUGUAUGUAAUGAGGUCAGUGCCUUACAGACAAUAGAGGGCUACAUAUACACAAAAUGUUAACCGGAAAUGUUUAUAUAUAUGGGAUUUGUUACAUUAUAAUGUUUUUUUAAGUAACAGAGAGAGGAAGGAUGAAGUUACAGGCAUUGCAUAUGAAAGUUGUUCCGAAGUCCAGGAGCCCAAAAAGAGACGAGCUAGCUGUCUCAAAGGUUCAUGGAAAAAUAACAAGAUUUAAGUUAUUUUUUGAAAAAAAUGUUUUCUGUAAAAGAUUGUGCUUUUGGAGUCAGAUUUGCUUCAAAAUCCAAUUUUGAAUGAGCUACAGCGUUUAAGAUGGAUACAACUGUGGAUACAACACAUUUAGAAUUGAAUGGUAAACAGGCCAGUCGAAAAAGCCAUUUGUAGCCAUUAAAUGGGAUAACUGAGGGAAGUUUUAUUAACUUUGGACAGAGCCAGACUAGCUGUUUCUUUAUGCUACGCUAAGGAUACCUGGCUGCUCCUUGUUAAGGUUUGAUUGAUGAGUGAAGUUCAUUGAAAGUAAAGCACAAGCUUUCACUUCCUCAUCAGCACCUUCUCUAUGACAUUCACACUUAUCUCGGUAGUUUUGAUCAUUUGUAUCCGACUACUGUUAAGCUUGUGUGAUACAUUUUCUCAUGCCUACGGGACAAUGUGGACGUCAAAUGCUUUAAAAUACACUGUCGGUCUUUGCAUCCAGUGAUUAAGCUGGAAGAAGGAGGCUGCAGUUCUGGAACUACCAGAUAUCUCCCAAAACUUUCCAGAAAAGCCAGCUUCUGAAUAUAUUAGAGGCUGGAAAAAUAGGCUGUUAUGUUGCAGAAUCACGUUUUCCAGACUCCAAUCUUGCUGCGUUAACAAAGGUUUGCGAGAUUGAGUCGUUGAUUAUGUAAAGGAGCUGGUCUGGUUUGAGCUUUGCCUCAUAGAAUAUUUUCUAGAUGCUGUUUUAUAGCUCUCAUUAACAGAUUUAGUGCCCUGACACACCAAGCUGACGUCAAAGAACUGAUGCCACCAAAAAGUACAGGUUGUUUUGGCAGAGGCUUCUGUCUACAGUGAAGCACUUGAACAAAAGAAAAAAGGCUAAAUCUUUUCUUCCAAUACACAUAUAGUCAUCAUCAUUUACAUAUGUUUCUGUUACGGUUGUCAGACAACUGCAUAAUUACAAUAAUUGUGAUUUAAUCAUCAUUUACAAGCUUGACAAAAGUCAACAUACAUUUAGAUUGAUUAUAAUAGGUUAAAUUGAUACAUUUUAUUCACAAUGUUAUGUUUUUUUAUGUAGUGUGUAAAGCCUUUUGCUGAAUAAUCAGGAAGCCACUAAGCCUUUGCAUUAUCCUCCAUUUAUGAGUAAACCACUGUGCUUGGCCAUCCUUUUCACGGGGGAAUCAAGCACAACUUUUUUUAGCUUCCCAACACAACGUCAAUUCCAUUAGUUAGAAUCCCCCACUUAAAUAUCAACUUCAAGUAUUCUCCAGAUCCAUUUUCUGGGGUAAAGAAAUGAAUUCUUUAUCCUGGAUGUAGAUGAGUUUAAAUACUAUACAACCACAAACCCUGUACAUAACCGUGGUGGUCAGCCAUAAAGCCCAACAGUAGCCGAUAACAGUCCCCAUUAACCAAAGGUUGGCUUGGUGUGUCAGGGCUUUCAGCUCCAUCUACUGCAACAGUCAAAACAUGCUUCAAACCCAAAAUCUGAUCCAUGGUGACAAAUAAGGGAUUUGGAACAAAAUAAGGGAGAUAUUUUUCACUCAGGUUAUCUGACAGUACCAUAAUGUGGACUGUCAGAGCUAUUACUGAUUGAUAGUGUUACUGAUCUUCCUUCUGUGUAAGAUGGGAGAUUUAUUUAUAAUAAUUUAUACUAUAUACAUAUAUAUAAUAUAUAUAUUAUCUGAAAGUUCCUGUGCAGAAGAGUUCAAUGUUUGAUACAAAGACUCAAAUGAACGUACAAGCGUGGAGUUUGUGCAGAUGUCAGUUGAAUGCUCUCGGGGCUCCUGGACUUGGGUUUAACUGGUAAUCGGCAUCACGUUUUUUAACAUCUUUACUGUUAUAUCCUAAAGGGUUGAAUCUGUUACUUUUAUAUCCUCUUUUAUUUUGAGUUUCUGCUACUUAAAGCUGCAUUAAGUGUUUUUGAGGUGAAGAAAAAGCACGUUAAAAAACAAAAACUGUGACAACUUUGUUAUCUGAUAACAGAUAAAAAGUCAAAAACGUAAAGAUAUAAAGUUUGCCAUCAUAUAUAAUCACACAGCAAAUGUUUGGAAUAUUUUGCUUAAUAUAGGAAAAUGAAUAAUUGAUCAUUUAUCAAAACUGUUGUUGAGUAAAACUAAAAGGAGUUAAAGAGCUCUGUAAAGCUGCACGGUUAUGGGUUCAUCACAAGGAGGGACCUCCUUUCAAUGGCAGUCCCAUUGAUCUAAUCACAUUAAACACAUAAUGAAUGCAGCUUGAAAGACAGAGAACUAUUGAUACAGUUAAAUGAUGUAAACUGUUAAUUUAAGUUACCAUUUUAAAAUGACAACUCCCCAAUACUCAAGUGAAAUGAUUUUGUGUGUGUUUUACAUAAAGGUUUUGGGGUAUGUUUAAUACAAAAUAAUGUUUUGUUGUCAGAAUUAUUAACCAUGAAAUGAUGUUGCCUACAGUUUAUCUUUAUGGCCUAAUGCAAAUGUUGUAUGCUAAUAAAAGUGAUUUUUAACUUCU